UCUAUUAUUUUUGGUUGACUUUGGCUCAAGAAAUCAUAGCAGCCAUGCUGAACUUUGUACUGCACAGUAGUCUACAAGGCUUCUCCCUUCCCUUCCCUCCGUUCACCUUCUGUGGGGAACCCUUUUCCUUCCUAGGGCCAUUGGGAUAUUUAUAACAUCACUUGGGGGCCAUAUAAAAUUAUCAACUUAAAAAUUAGUCUGGGGGACUCACGUCACGGCUGCCAAGAUGUGAAGCCCUCAUGGAGGCCCUCGUCCCAACCCACUCGUGCACGGCAACCACCAUGGAGAAGACGGAGCUGAUCCAGGUCAAACUGGCCGAGCAGCCCGAGCGCUACAAUGACAUGGCCAUCUGCAUGAAGGCCAUGACGGAGCAGGACACCGAGCUGGCCAAUGAGGAGCGCAGUCUGCGCUCGGUGGCCUACAAGAACAUGGUCGGGGGCCACCAGUCUGCCGGGAGGGUCAUCUCGAGCAUCCAGCAAAAGACCCACACCUCCGACAAGAAGCUGCAGCUCAGCAAGGACUACCUGGAGAAGGUGGAGUUGGAGUUGUGGUCCAUCUGCACCUCGGUGCUGGAGUUGUUGGAUAAGUAUUUAAUAGCCAAUGUAACUAAUCCAGAGAGUAAGGUCUCCUAUCUGAAAAUGAAGGGAGAUUACUUCGGGUACCGUGAAGUUGCAUGUGGUGGUGAUCAAAAACAAACGAUAGAUAAUUCCCACGGAGCUUACUCAGAGGCAUUUUUUAUAAGCAAGAAAGAGAUGCAACCCACACACCCAACCUGCCUGGGGCUGGCUCUGAACAUUUCUGUAUUUUACUAUGGGAUCCUUAAUAACCCAGAGCUCGCCUGCACACUGGCUAAAACGGCUUUUGAUGAGGCCAUUGCAGAACUCGACACACUUAACGUAGACUCCUACAAAGAAAGCACCCUCAUGCAGUUGCUUAGAGACAAUUUAACAUUAUGGACAUCAGACAGAGCAGCAGAGGGGCGGAAAACUAAAUGGACACAAGGCGUCAUCCUCCUUCCCUUCAAAAAACCUUUUUACACAUCUCCAUUCCUUCAGCCACUUGGAUUUCCUAUAUCAGAGAAGCCCGUUCAUGUGUAUGAAAGCAGCUGUUUAUAGUUCUUUCACACUGCAACUUUAGGAAAACUCCAUUCCUUGGUCUGUGUCUGUCUUGGUC